UUUGAGAUGCCGGGCUGCACCUUCAUGUUGAAACAUCAGUGCAUAGGACAAACGCAAAAAAAGAAGCAAAUAUGUCUCCGGUAGACAUGAAUGGAUACUGGAAAAUGACAAGUAAUGAAAACUUUGAUGAAUACAUGGAAGCACUAGAUGUGAAUGUUGUCAUCAGAAAAAUUGCCAGCUAUCUCAUCUUUGAUAAGGAGGUUGUUCAGAAUGGUGAUCAUUUUAAUAUCAAGACUCUCACCACCUUUAGGAACUACCAUAUGGAGUUUGAUGUUGGAAAGGAGUUUGAGGAGGAUUUGGUUGGUGUAGAUGAUAGGAAAUGUAUGACCACAGUAAACUGGGAGGGAGACAAACUGGUGUGUGUACAGAAAGGAGAAAAAGAGGGAAGGGGCUGGACUCAGUGGGUGAAAGGGGAUGAGUUACAUGUGGAAAUGCGAGUCUGUGGAGUGGUGUGUAAACAGGUUUUUAAGAAACAAGUUCGCGACUGAUGUGCCUUGAACAACUACUCAACUGUGGAAAAAAAAGUGAACUUUUCUGCCUACUAAUAACAGUAAUUGCUGUAUUAAAUAGCUAUUUUUAAGUAAAGCUAUUGUAUCUCUUUCAUUGUAAACAAUGUUUGGUGAAAGAAAAGAAAAUGUGAACACAAAAAUAUGAA